AUCGGGAGGCCUGAUAGUCCAGUCCAAUCCUGCAAGCCGUGCUUCAAGACCACACAAAAGACAAAGCAGCAGCAGAGAAUGAGCGGCAGGAAAGUAGCCGUGAUCACGGGCGCGAACGGCGGACUUGGCUACGCGAUUGCGUGCCGGCUGCUGGACAAGAUUCCGCAGACGGUGCCGUUGACGAUAGUUGUGAGUACGCGGCACAUGCGAAAGGCGGUGGAGACGAUCAACAAGCUGCGCAAGUACUGUCCCGAGCGGGACUUGCUUUCGUUUGACUACGUGCUGCUUGAUUUGGGGUCGCUGGAGUCGGUGCAUGAGGUCGCGGGGCAGCUGCUGGAGCGGUAUAAGCAUAUCGACUAUCUGUUUCUGAACGCGGGAGGGGGGGAUUUUGCGGGCAUCGACUGGGUUGGAGCGACGAAGGAGGUGCUGAAGAACCCGAUCGAUGCGAUGACGCAUCCGAAGUUUAAGAAGGAGCGGAUUGGAAAGGUGUCUGUUGAUGGAAUCGGGUGGGUGUUUCAGAUAAACAUCCUCGCAAACUACGUGCUUUCGAAACGGCUGCUUCCUGUGCUCUCGGGAGGCGGGCGGGUUAUCUUCAUCGGCUCGGUCGAGGCGGAGAUCGCGUACCCGUUCGACGAGAAGGAUAUGCAGCUGAUCCACACCGACCAGGCCUACGUCGACAGCAAGCGCGAGCUCGAGUACGUGCACGCGGCGAUUGCGCAAAAGUGGAAGGCCGAGCAGGACGUGCUGGUGUACAUGACGCACCCGGGCAUCUGCCACACCGCGAUCUUCGCCGACCAUCUCAACUGGCUGACGACGUUUGGCAUGCUGUUUUUGUUUUACGUCGUGCGCUGGCUGGGCAGUCCGUGGCACGUAAUCGACGCGUACAAAGGUGCUGCGGCACCGGUGUUUGCCGCGAUCGAGGCGGUGCCGGAGGAGACUGCGGAUCCGGCCGAGACGGUGAAUUACGGGUCUGCGUGCGACGCGUGGGGACAGUCGUAUAUCAGGCGGAAGGCGACGGGGACGGAGGAGGAGAAGAAGAUUGGGGAUGUGAUUGUGGAGGAGAUGGAGAAGUUGUCGGCGGAUGCGCUGCAGCGGAUUAAUUUGGGAGAGACGCAGAUUUAGACUAUAGAAUGUAGAUAGUAUGAUAAAAAAAAAGAACGCCUAUUUACACUAUAUACAAAUGCCCCGAAACGAAUACAA